GAGAGAGAGAGGGCGGGUGCCGGCUGCUAACACCCGCUUCAAACCAUUACUGAGUACGUGUUCUGUGGCACAGUACUCACAUUAAAAUAGAGCAUUACUAUCUGUUUUUAAACACAUUAAUUUUCUCCAGCAGUCGUUUUUACUACAUCUGCUUAAGUGACCCAGACAGCUGUAAAAGCGACCUUUCAGUGUCCAACUGAGGUAAAGAUCUCGUCGGUGGGAUUCACACAGAUUACAGCUCAAGUUUGAGAACAAGUUUCCCAUCACUGCUGGGGUUCUCUUACCCAAUUAUAACACUGAGCGACCGGUACUUUUGGACGUUGCGGGAUUUGAAGUUGGCGUGCUUUAAUCAAGGCUGUGGGCAGUGACGGAAUCCGGGUCAUGAUGGAGAGCGCCCUGACAGCCAGGGACCGGGUGGGCGUGCAGGAUUUUGUCCUGCUGGAGAACCACACCAGCGAGGUGGCAUUCAUCGAGAACCUCCGCAAACGCUUCAAGGAGAACCUUAUUUAUACGUACAUUGGUUCAGUGCUGGUGUCCAUGAACCCCUACAAAGAGCUGGAGAUCUACUCUAAACAGCACAUGGAGCGAUACAGGGGUGUCAAUUUCUAUGAAGUCUCACCUCACAUUUACGCUGUGGCUGAUAAUGCGUACCGCUCCAUGCGGACUGAGAGACGGGAUCAGUGCAUCCUCAUCUCAGGUGAGAGUGGUGCUGGAAAGACCGAAGCCUCCAAAAAGGUUCUGCAGUACUACGCCAUCACCUGCCCCGCCAGUGAUCAUGUGCAGACCGUCAAAGAUCGCCUGCUACAAUCCAACCCUGUGCUGGAGGCCUUUGGAAAUGCAAAAACUCUUCGGAAUGACAAUUCCAGUCGCUUUGGGAAAUACAUGGACAUUCAGUUUGACUUCAAGGGUGCUCCUGUAGGAGGUCACAUCAUUAACUACCUGUUGGAGAAAUCACGUGUGGUGCACCAGAGCCACGGUGAGAGGAACUUCCACAUCUUUUAUCAGCUUAUCGAGGGAGGAGAGGAUGAUCUGCUGAGGAGACUGGGCCUGGAGAAGAACGCCCAGCAGUACCAGUUUCUGGUGAAGGGUAACUGUCCCAAAGUGAGCUCCAUAAAUGACCGCAAUGACUGGAAGAUAGUGAGGAAAGCCUUGAGCGUCAUUGGCUUCAAUGAUGAUGAAGUGGAGGAGCUUUUGAACAUUAUUGCCAGUGUACUACACUUGGGGAAUGUCCAGUAUGGAGGAGAGGACAGCGGCAAUGCCUACAUCGCUACCGAGACCCAGAUUAAAUACUUAGCCAGGUUGUUAGGUGUGGAUGGCACUGUUCUUAAGGAGGCUCUAACACAUAAAAAGAUCAUUGCCAAAGGAGAAGAGCUGAUGAGUCCUUUAAAUCAAGAGCAGGCCGCUUCAGCACGGGAUGCCUUAUCUAAAGCCAUAUACGGUCGUACUUUUACUUGGCUGGUCAACAAAAUUAAUGACUCUCUGGCCUUCAAGGAUGAUUCAUUCAACAGUAAGAACGCCUCUGUCAUUGGUCUGCUAGAUAUCUAUGGCUUUGAGGUCUUUCAGAACAACAGUUUUGAGCAGUUUUGUAUCAACUAUUGUAACGAGAAGCUGCAGCAGCUCUUCAUUGAACUGACUCUGAAGUCGGAGCAGGAGGAAUAUGAAGCCGAGGGAAUCACGUGGGAGCCUGUGCAAUAUUUUAACAACAAGAUCAUUUGUGAUCUUGUGGAGGAGAAGUUUAAAGGAAUCAUUUCUAUCCUGGAUGAAGAGUGUCUCCGGCCUGGAGAUGCCAGUGACAUCACCUUCCUGGAGAAGCUUGAGGGCACUGUUGGUGGCCACGCACACUUCCUAACUCACAAGCUGGCUGAUGGAAAAACCCGUAAAGUGAUGGGUCGUGAGGAGUUCAGACUGAUCCACUACGCAGGAGAAGUGAACUACAAUGUGAACGGCUUCCUGGACAAGAACAAUGAUCUCCUUUUCAGAAACCUGAAGGAGAUCAUGUGUAUGUCCGAAAAUAAAAUCCUCACUCAGUGUUUUGACCGAGAAGAACUCUCAGACAAGAAACGCCCAGAGACGGCAGCAACCCAGUUCAAGAACAGCCUGGCCAAGUUGAUGGAAAUCCUGAUGUCUAAGGAACCGUCUUACGUGCGUUGCAUCAAGCCUAAUGAUGCCAAGCAAGCAGGGCGUUUCGAUGAAGUCCUCAUCAGGCACCAAGUAAAAUAUCUUGGUCUGAUGGAAAACCUUAGGGUGAGGAGAGCUGGCUUUGCAUAUCGCCGUCGCUACGAGACCUUCCUGCAGAGGUAUAAAUCCCUGUGUCCAGACACCUGGCCGAACUGGGAUGGCCGUCUGGUCGAUGGAGUGUCCACACUCGUCAAGCACCUCGGCUACAAACCUGAGGAGUACAAACUCGGCAGGACCAAAAUCUUCAUCCGCUUCCCCAAAACCUUGUUUGCAACUGAAGAUGCACUAGAAGUCAGAAAACACAGCCUCGCUACCAAACUGCAGUCAUCCUGGAAAGGCUACAGUCAAAAAACCAAAUACCGUAAAAUGCGUCAAUCGGCUAUCAAGAUCCAAGCCUGGUGGAGAGGUAUUCUGGCCCGCAGGGAAGCAAAGCGUAGGAGAGAUGCUGCCAACACCAUCCGCAGGUUCAUCAAAGGCUUCAUCUACCGCCACCAGCCACGUUGUCCAGAGAAUGAAUACUUCCUGGACUACGUUCGCUACUCGUUCCUAAUGAAGUUGCACAGGAACCUGCCUAAAACCGUUUUGGAUAAGAGCUGGCCAACGCCACCUCCCGCCCUCAUUGAGGCUUCAGAGCAGCUCCGCAAACUUUGCAUGCAGAAUAUGGUGUGGAAGUACUGCAAGAAUAUCAACCCGGAAUGGAAGCACCAGUUGGAGCAGAAGAUGGUUGCAAGUGAAAUCUUUAAGGACAAGAAGGACAACUACCCACAAAGCGUCCCAAAACUUUUUGUGGGCACAAGACUUAAUGGCGAGGACAUCAACCCUAAAGUGCAACAGGCUCUGGGGAAUGAGAAGAUGAAGUAUGCUGUUCCAGUGACUAAAUAUGAUAGAAAAGGAUACAAAGCACGCAACCGACAGCUCCUGCUCACGGCGAACAGUGCCAUCAUUGUGGAGGAAGCCAAGCUCAAACAGCGUAUCGACUACAGCUCACUGAAAGGGAUUUCUGUCAGCUCUCUGAGCGACGGCAUGUUCGUUCUCCAUGUUGCUUGUGAAGACAAUAAACAGAAAGGUGAUGUGGUGCUUCAGAGUGAGCAUGUCAUUGAGGCGUUAACCAAAGUGGCCAUCUGUGCUGACAAGAUGAACAACAUUAACAUCAACCAGGGAAGUAUAAAAUUCAAUAUGGCGCAAGGAAAAGAAGGGAUCAUAGAUUUUACAUCUGGCUCAGAGUUGCUGAUAGCCAAGGCUAAGAAUGGACACCUUUCUGUGACUGCCCCUCGCCUCAACUCAAGAUGAUGGACGAGUCACGACCAAACGCUCCCUGCAUUCUCACAGGAUCUUCCAGAUACGCUCCUCAGUACAUCAAUCACAUGACUAAAGGCGGAGCUUCUCUCUGCCAAUCAGAUGCCAGCCAGCUGCACCAAAGGCCUCUGCUUAAAGUUGUGAAAAUCCAGCAAACUUAUUUAUGUUUUGGGGGAUUAAUACGGUUAUAUGAAUAUUAUGAUUUGAUAUGUCAAAAAGCCAAGAUAAAACAACAUAUAUGUGCAUUUCCUGCACUCAGUCUUUAUCUAGCUUAUUUGGGGAAAUGUUGAUUUGUUAGAGAAGGUGACCUCCGCCAUGAUAACGAGGUAAAUCAGGGUUCAUAAUGAGUAGUUGUUGGGUUGCUUGGGUUUUAUUUAUGUUCACCCGUGAUUACUUUUAUUUUUCUAUGAAUUCUCCAAUCCAAACCUACUCCGAACCAAAACACUUUUGCGUUCAAAGAAAAGAUAUUAAUUACUUUUUGCAUAGAAGAUGACUUGUUCACUUCAACAGUUAAAUCUGCUCUACACGCUAUUUGUGUGACAUAAUUUUGCUCAUAAGUUAUUAAUAUUAGUUGAUGUGUUUAAAAAAGGAAGACAGACUUUUAGGAAGUGUAUACCAAGUGCAUUGAAGGUUAGCGUCAUGUAUGUAAAGUUACCGAAAGAAAUCUUAAUGUUGAUGGAAAGAAUCCGCACGCUAUGUCCAGUGAUAGUAUACUAUGCUAGAAAAAUAGACCCAUUUUUUACAUUAUGAUUCAUUCAUUAUUCAUUACCCACUUUAAGGGUUAAAUCUGAAUUCAGAGAUCAGUCAAUAUUUAUUUUCUCAGUUCCAAAUCUGUGCCUCAAAAUUUUAGAAAGUAUCUUUGAUAAAAUAAGUGUUCCUGCAAAAAUGAGAAGAAAUCCGAUGAUGGACAAAAGAGAGAAUUUUUGAGAGUGGUCUUUCCUCAUCGCUCAGGCUUUGUGCUCCUAAUUCACUGGACACAAUUAUCUCAUGUUAACCCCAUUUCCCAUAUUAGCGCUGCUCGAAACUUACUGCAAAGCUGGUGAGAGUUAGCCAUAAUAGUAGAGUAAGUUGUAUGUUAUCUACAAAACAAUAUGUAACUUGGCUUGAAGCAGGUUUGUGUAUAUGUAGAUAAUAGGUAACAAAGCACUACUAAAUGUUGUUUUAGAAACCAAAAAGUGAAAAUUUGGCAUACCCUAUUCACUGUAGGAUUUCAGGCACCUAAAACUCUUGAUAGCACAAUUGUUUGAGAUCACCUUGAUGUCAUGUCCGUCAAAGGAGAACGUUCAGAGAAACGCUGAGCAUGUGCCUGUCAUAGCUGGUGUCAUAGUUGAGGAUGCUUAAAAGAAAACACUGAAAGGAAACAUGUUAAAUGCUGGUGUAUGCAAAAGUGCCGCAUGUAAUGUAUUUAGAACAAAUAUCUAUUUUUGACAAUUAUAAAAAAAAUAAAAAUUAAAGAUACCCCAAUACUGUCCA